AUGCCUAUUUCCUCUGACCAUCGCCCUAUACCAAAAACGUACGCAGCUGAGUCCUGCAUACCUCAACUCUCUCUCUCUCUCUCUCUCUAUUUUUCAUCUUCCUCCGGCCACUCAUCAUGUUCAUCAACUACAUAAUUUUCAUCAUUGCCCAGCUCAAAUGGGCGUGGAACUUCCUCUUCCACCAAUCCCUCUUCCUGCACCGAGACCUCGUCCUCGGCGCGCCAUCGUUCGAGACGGGAGAGAAGCUUGGCGUGACGUCUUACAAGGCGGCCCUGGCGCAGCCUGGGGGACGGGAAGACGAAGAGGCGGCGGCGGAGUGCGCGGUGUGCCUGUGCAAGAUAGAAGAAGGGGAGGAGAUAAAGGAGCUGAGGUGCGAGCAUCUGUUUCACAGUGAUUGCUUGGAUAGAUGGAUGGGGUACAGGAAUACCACGUGUCCAUUGUGCAGGGAUGCUCUGGGUCCCCGGAGAAUGGUCACGGAGCUGGGAGAGGAAGUGCUCGUGUUUAAGUUUUGCUCUUUUCGCUCCGGCGGCGGGAGAAGCAUGUGGUGGCUUCGGUAAAUUGUUAUACGUAUAACCGGCCGGCGCUAAUUAAGCUGCUGAAAGCCUGAAACAACUGUUCUAAUUUCUUCAUUUUAUUUUGUUCUUUUCUGAAUUAAUGUUUGUAUGGUGAGGAACGGGUUCCUUUGUAUUGCACUUUGGCAAAAAUUAAGGCACUUCGUAUGUAAAAUGGGGUUUGUUAAUUAAUGCGUUACCUGUAUAAUUAA